CUCUUUCUGGGAAGUCGCAGCAAGAGCCAUCAUUCGCGACAAGACGCAUGCAGCACGGUUGGUGUAACACAUAGAUUCGGCGGCGCUAUGCCUCGAAUCAUCUCGGAACAUUCACAUCGCGAUGUGCCUUGGACAAGGGUUCGCGACCUAGAGAUGCUACCAUGCCCGCGGCUGCGGAACAGCCAGCCCGCGUUUGACCAGCUCCACCACGCCGUUUCCUUCGAGAGCCUCAUAUUGGAGGAGUAGUAGAGGCACAUCUCAUUCGGCCUUGUUGUGCAACCUCUGGUGUAUCUCUUGCUCCAUCGGUCUGGCAGCCAUCCGCUUUUGAGCAUCACAGUCUAGGGCAGCAAGACCGCAAGACGGCUGCACGCUUCUUUCCUGUUGUACACUACCGCAACCUGGUGGACAUGGAUUCAGAUCUGGCAAGCUCGAACUUAGUUCAACAUAGUUUGCGAAUAUCUUGGGAUCAGUAUAAGACGGACCCAGAUCCGCACAAUUAGCGUCUUC